AUGUAUGAUUCUCAGACCGUUAACACAAUUCAUGGAUGUGUUACUCAGACCGUUAUCACAAUUCAUGGAUGUAUAAUGCUGAGAGCGUUAAUCACAAUUCAUGGAUGUAUGAUACUCAGACGUUAUCACAAUUCAUGGAUGUAUAAUGCUGAGAGCGUUAAUUACAAUUCAUGGAUGUAUGAUUUUCAGACCGUUAAUACAAUUCAUGGAUGUAUGAUACUCAGACCGUUAACACAAUUCAUGGAUGUGUGUUACUCAGACCGUUAUCGCAAUUCAUGGAUGUAUAAUGCUGAGAGCGUUAAUUACAAUUCAUGGAUGUAUGAUUUCAGACCGUUAACACAAUUCAUGGAUGUGUGUUACUCAGACCGUUAUCGCAAUUCAUGGAUGUAUAAUGCUGAUAGCGUUAAUCACAAUUCAUGGAUGUAUGAUACUCAGACCGUUAUCACAAUUCAUGGAUGUAUAAUGCUGAGAGCGUUAAUUACAAUUCAUGGAUGUAUGAUUUUCAGACCGUUAAUACAAUUCAUGGAUGUAUGA